UACAUCCCUACCAUAAUUCUGCGAAGCUACUUUCCGUCUGGAACCUAUUAUUAUGCCGCCGCGCGCUAUCAUUUCAUUCGAGUCAAGUGUCAUCCCAUUCUUGUUUGUCUCCCUUUUUUGGGCAUCACCGAGUGCGCCCUAAUCUUAUUGAGCUUUUGGUUCGACCCAUCAAUUCGUGAUCCUAUAUAUGGAUGUUCACUCUACAGAAAAAGACCUGUGGGAUCAGUUCUUAGCACUUGCCGAUAGGAAGAGGAAACAAGACCCACCGACAAGAAGAAAAGUCACAGAAAAGCAAUUCCCAAGGAGAUAACCAGGAACAAGAAUUACCGGAAGGAGAGCUUCCGAGCGCCAAUUGUCUAGAUGUCGAGGACGCCGCUGCAUCAAUGGAGACAUGCCACAUCCAGCGGGCAAUAUUCUGAUGGGCGGGCCCAAGCCGCUGGCGACGACCAUCAGGCGCUAAAAGGAGCUCCGAGUCAUUCUCAUCCCACGGACGAGCUACCGCGCUUUUUAUUUCCUGGCUCAGCCAGUCAGGCUUAUGAUCCCACUGUCGCAUCUACCGCUUUCAACUCUAGAUUGCCCUAUCAGGAGAGGCUCUGGGAUAGUGUCGCCCAUCCGAAGCAUGAUGUCCCUUCGGUUCAUCCAUAUAAUACUGGUAGUCCAGCUCACUUUGGGGCUCAACGGUCCAAUGUCUUGAGAAACGUGGAAAACAGCGAACUCCGCACGGCUGUCCCAAGUCCUGGUCACUGUUAUGAUUGUACGGGGGGGUCUUCCGCCAGCAUGGCCGCGGAGAAGCGUCAGAUACAACAGCCCCAAAGGCAGAGUACGACGAGUAUGCCUUCUGGAUUUGAAAGACUGCUUCACCAUUCGCCUACGCCGUCCCCUCCCCCGCGGCGACCGUCCUCAACCUCACGAUAUCACCUUCACAUCAGACAGCAGCCUUUGGCUGCGCGAGCUUGUGGCGCAGGUGAUAGAGACCGACGGCCUAUCGACCCACCUCCCAUCAUCCAAAUGCUUCUGACAGACUUCGAUCCGAAAUCCUCUGACGACAACGACAUCCUCCAAGAUCCGCGAUUUACUGUGGGCUGUUUUCUCAUCCCCGAACCCGGAUUCUCUCAACCAGACGUGAACGCCGACGGUACGGGUAGAGCGGAUGAAUUGAGCCACGGACAGUCUACUCCUCUGCUAUCCGGAAAAGCUUUCGUGUCACCUUUCUAUGUCGAUGAAGAUCCGGACCCCAGCACAGCGCCAGCCCAUCCAUCCUCGUCGGGCUACUACGCACCCGAAACGGGCGCAUACCUGCCACCGACCACUUACCACGGCACCCCACACACCCCGGGACAGCCUGCUACGUUCUACAUCUUCUCCGACCUUUCUGUCCGUACAGCUGGACUGUACCGCCUCCAAUUUCGUCUGAUGAACUGGGGUCAUGUGGAAGACACUGGCAAGUCGAUGCCGAUCCUUGCCGAGGCCUGGACGAAUCCUUUCCGCGUGUUCCCGGCCAAGGACUUUCCUGGAAUGAGGGAUUCGUCCCUUUUGACAGAAGGAUUGAAGGAGCUUGGGUUUGUAGAAUUGAAGACGCGGGGGAAAGGGAAAGGGAAGGGUCGAAGGAGGUGAUAGGUCGAACGCUCCAAAGUGCUUCUGUCCGCAGCUUGGGGGAAAUUAUGACAAGGGUUUUUUGACCGCGUUGUGCUGGAAAAGGAGGAAAGU